UAACCAUGAUGCGGUCCUCCAUGUCGCCUCAUUGUCGAUGAUGAUUAUAAUGAUGGUUUGGAAAGUGCUGGGUCGGUAACGCGCGUCUUCAGAUGGACAGUGAAUUCCUGGUAUGCGGGUCGAUGUGGUCCAGCUGGCCAAGAUUGCCAUUUUCUUGUUUUUUUUUUUUUUUUUUCUUUUUCUUGAUUUGGGUUUUUAAUUCUUCUUCUCCUUACAAGGCAUGUAUCAUACCUAUUGCUGUUACGACCACCCGCAUGAGCCCAGACCAUGGAUAAACAAUAACGUUGGUAAUUGAGAUCCGAGUACGUGAUAAGAAGGUGAGCCAUUGAGACUACUGUUUAGUGGCAG